CUCUGCCCGUCUCUUUAAGCCUCUCCCCCUUGGUAGUCAGUGCAGGGGAUUUCUCCGUUGAUUUCCUGUUGUAUCGGAGUAACCUGGAGCUGGGGGCAUGGAGGGCAGCCGUGGGGGGCAUGGACAGUAGCGGUGCCCGCAGCCCGCGCUCGGAGUGACAGCUGUAGUUGUGGUGGACGUCGUGCUGCUGAUUUGUGUGGCGCUCGCUGCCUGGCACCGUCUCACACCGGAGGGGCACAAUGACAGAGGAGAGCUCCGAGGUCCCCAAAGAAUUACAGGAAAGCAUCCGGGAUGUUAUUGGGAGAAAAAUUAAGAUUGCCGUGCGGAAGAAGGUGAAACUUGAGAUCAAGGGAGAUAAAGUUGAAAACAAAGUUCUGGUGCUAACAUCAUGUCGAGCAUUUAUAUUAACUGCCCGAGUCCCAACCAAGCUCGAACUUACAUUCAGUUAUUUGGAAAUUCAAGGCAUUGUUUGCAGCAAACCAGGUCAUUUGGUCGUUGAAACUGAAAAAGGCAACAUAUCCUUGAAGAUGGUUUCUUCUGAUGAUGUGAAUGAAGUCAUAGCACAUAUUGGCACCUGUCUUCGAAAGAUAUUUCCAGGAUUGGCACCUGUAAAAAUUAUGAAGAAAGUAACCAUGGAACCAUCUGACAGACUGGCAAAUUUGCAAGCUCUGUGGGAUAGCCAGACGGUGUCAGAAGUAGGCCCUUGUGGUGGGUUUUCACAGAUGUAUGCGUGUGUUUGUGACUGGCUUUCGAUGCCUUACAGAGAAGAAGUACAGUGGGAUGUGGAUACAAUAUACUUAACACAAGAUACAAGGGAACUGAACUUGCAAGAUUUCAGUCAUCUAGAUCACAGAGAUUUGGUACCUAUUGUAGCAGCCCUAGAAUACAACCUGUGGUUUACAAAACUGUCAUCCAAGGACUUGAAAUUGUCCACUGAUGUCUGUGAUCAAAUCUUACGAGUGGUGAGCAGGUCAAGUCGAUUGGAAGAACUGGUUUUGGAAAAUGCAGGGCUGAGAAUUGAUUUUGCACAGAAGUUGUCCACUGCUCUUGCAUACAAUUCAAACUCAGGACUUCACACGAUAAACCUUGCAAGCAACCCAAUUGAGGACAGAGGUGUGUCUUUUUUAAGUACACAGUUUGCCAAACUACCUAAGGGGCUGAUGCAUUUAAAUUUAUCAAAAGCCUCAAUAUCACCUAAAGGAGUGAAUAGCCUGUCCCAGUCACUGAGUGCCACCCAGUUGAUUGCAACCACCCUUACCCACCUUGAUCUCUCAGGGAAUAUACUCCGUGGUGAUGAUCUUUCAUGUUUGUAUACUUUUUUGGCGCAGCCAAAUGCCAUAAAGUACUUGGAUUUAUCGAACACUGAGUGUUCAGCAGAUGUGGUAUGUGGCGCUCUACUGCGUGGUUGCUUGCAGCACCUUACUACACUAAAUCUUUCCAAGACAUUCUUUCCCCACAGGAAAGGAAAAGAAGUGUCGCCAUCUUUUAAACAGUUCUUUAGCCUCUCUCUUGCUUUAACACACAUCAACUUUUCAGGAACUAAGCUCGCCCCUGAGCCUCUGAAAGCUCUGUUACUUGGCUUGGCAUGUAACCCUAAUUUAAAGGAGGUGUCACUAGAUCUGAGUAAUUGUGAGUUAAGAUCAGGUGGAGCUCAAGUUCUGGAAGGCUGCAUAGCAGAAAUUCCUAAUAUCACCAGCCUGGAUAUAUCAGAUAAUGGUUUGGAGUCUGACCUCUCUACUCUUAUAGUCUGGCUCAGUAAGAACAGAUCAAUAAGACACCUGGCAUUGGGAAAGAAUUUUAACAACAUGAAAUCCAAAAAUGUAACCCCUGUCCUGGAUAACUUGGUUCAUAUGAUACAAGAUGAAGAAUCGCCCCUGCAGUCAUUGUCUCUAGCAGACUCUAAACUGAAGACAGAUGUGACAAUCAUUAUAAACGCCCUUGGUAGCAAUACAUCGUUGACCAAAGUAGACAUCAGUGGCAAUGGCAUGGGUGAUAUGGGGGCCAAGAUGUUGGCCAAAGCAUUGCAAAUCAACACCAAGCUCAGGACUGUGAUCUGGGACAAGAACAACAUCACAGCGCAAGGAUUCCAGGAUAUAUCUGUAGCUCUGGAAAAGAAUUAUACAUUGAGGUUCAUGCCUAUCCCUAUCAAUGAUGCUUCCCAAGCACUGAAGACUAACCCAGAAAAAACAGAGGAAGCCUUACAAAAGAUUGAAAAUUAUUUGCUGAGGAAUCAUGAGACCAGAAAGUACCUUCAAGAGCAGGCCUACAGACUGCAGCAGAGCAUUGUUACCAGCACUACACAGCAUAUGAUUGACCGUAUUUGUGUCAAAGUCCAAGACCACCUAAACUCGCUAAGAAACUCUGAGAAUGAUUUUGUCAUAGAAGAUGUCAAGUCUGCAGAGAGACUCAUGCGUGAUGCUAAGAAUUCAAAAACACUUUUGCCAAAUUUGUAUCACCUUGGGGGAGCAGCAUGGGCUGGUGCUAAUAAUUUACCAACCCCAAUUCAAGAGACUUUGGAGUCAAUGGCAGGCGAAGUCACCAGAGUUGUAGAUGAUCAGUUAAAGCAACUUCUGGAAUCUAUGGUCGAUGCAGCCGAGAACCUAUGUCCAAAUGUGAUGAAAAAAGCUCAUAUUCGCCAAGAUCUUAUUGAAGCCAGCAAUGAGAAGAUUUCCAUUCCUCGUAACUUUGUCAAAAAUGUCUUACUGGAGCAAUCUGGAAUAGAUAUUCUUAACAAAAUAAGUGAAGUUAAACUUACUGUAGCCUCUUUCUUGUCUGACCGUAUUGUGGAUGAAAUCUUAGAUGCACUUUCAAGCAGCCAUCAUAAACUGGCUGAUCAUCUCACCAAGCGGGGAAAGCCACUUCUACAUCAGGAAUCUAUAGAGAUAGAGACUGUGGAGGAGAAGUCAACCAAACGUUCUGUUCCCACCAUUGAAGAACUCUCUGAGAUGGAGCGUUUGGAGGAGUUGGACACAUGCAUGAUGACUCCCAAGUCCAAGAGAAAGAGUAUUCACAGCAGAAUGCUGCGUCCCGUGUCCAGAGCCUUCGAAAUGGAGUUUGACUUGGACAAGGCUCUUGAAGAUGUCCCAAUACACAUAGAAGACCCUCCGUACCCCUCCUACAAGCAGGAUAAGCGGUCAUCCAGUGUCAUAGCAGAGUUGCCAUCAGAUGAAGGGAAAAAGCUUGAGCACUUUACAAAAUUACGACCAAAGAGAAUGAAGAAACAGCAACCCAGCAAAUCCAAUCAACUUGGAGCUGAAGCCGCUUCCGAUGGAGAUCAGAAUGGCCUGACGCCGAGAGUAGAUGAAGGUGUAGAUGAGUUUUUCAGCAAGAAGGUGACAAGACUUGAUUCAAAAAAAUAUUCACUAAAAGGAGGAGAAUCCCAAGAUAUUAAUGAGGGCGAAGAGAAAAAGAAACGGGAAUCCAGAAAAAGCGGCUUUCUCAAUCUGAUAAAGUCGAGGUCCAAGUCAGAACGUCCUCAGACUGUUAUAGUGACUGAAGAGCCACCAUCCCCUAAGCCAUCAGUUAAAAGUCCUGCUCCUGACACUAGUAAGAAGGAUAAAGUGACUGAUGGUAAUGGAGCUGCGAGUUCCAGUGCCAGUGCAGGGAGCAGUGGACCCAGCAGUAGUGCAGAGAGGUCAGAGGAGGUAAAAACACCAGACUCUUUAGAGAAUUUGCAGCUUGAUGAUAGUGGCAAGACUGAGCGGACGGACAGCAAAAGUAGUCCACAGAGUGGAAGGCGAUACGGUGUCCAAGUGAUGGGGAGUGGAUUGUUAGCCGAGAUGAAAGCAAAGCAAGAAAAAAGAGCAGCAAGUAAGAAAUUGGGCAAUGAUGCUGGCAGUAAAGACUUAUUGGAUGUUGAGAAAACAGAUGGAAGUGGAGCAGUUCCCAAGUUCUCUAUGACAAGAGGUGAUUCUACAAAUUCUUGUCCAGAAAAAAAUGUCAAAUGUGAAGUAAAGUCAGAAGGCAGUGUGCGUUCCAAAAGUUCUUCUAGUACACCAACCAGUCCCAAACCACCUCUUCAGUCAUCCAAGCCUGCCCUAACAGCACGUCCUACUGUGCCUCAGAAGCCUAGAAGUGGUUCUCGCACUGAAGAAAUUCCUGAAUCUCCAUCUGGGCCCUGCUCUCCCAAAACCACAAUUCUUCCUUCUGUACUAAAGAGGGCUCCAUCAGAGAAGGACAGAGAUGGACCCAGCAGCCCCCAACCUUCUUCCCGGCCACUUGCAGAUGAAGCAGCUCGUCCAACAACUCCUUCUGACUCUUCCCCUAAAAAGAAUCACAGCCAGUCUCCAGACAGACAAGAGCUGAAGUCAAGGUCAUCAAGUAAAGAUUCUCACAAACGCAGCAAGUCCAGUGACUCUGGAGAGGAGGCCGAUAAAGAAUUUGUUUUUAUAUAAUCUUCUUAGACGUUCUGUAACAUUUCCUGGAAUUUCUUUUACUUUCAAUGUUAAUUAAGUAUGAUUUCUUUGUUGACCAGUCCUACACUCCUACACACUUAAUUUGUACAUCUUUGUCCUCCAAUUUUCAGAUGCUCCACACUCCCCAAAGCAAUGUUUCACUUGAACCAAGUACUUGUAGAUUGAGAAGGUAAAACUUUUCUGUAUGUUAGUUGUUGCAUAUUGUAAUUAACAGAGCACAGUAAUGACAAAUGAUUUGUAUAAAUGGUAAAUAACUCUACAUAUAUAUAUAUAUAGCUAUAUAUAAACAAAUUUCUCUCUACGUACAUAUAUAAAUAUAUAUAUAUAUGAUGAUUGGAUACACUUUUUACAUCCUCUGGUAGGAUCUUUUCUCCAUCUUGUACUUGUACAUAAACAAAUACUUUCAAGUACUUUCAGGCACUUAAGAAAAAGCACAAGCGCUGAAACCCCUCAAAGAUAGUAAACUGGGAAGAUUUUAAUGGAAUGAAAAGACACAUGCAGCAUAUAAAUUGGUUCAAUGGUGGGAGCCUGAGAUGCCGUCCUAUGUUUUAACAUUUUGAUUUUGCUUUAUUAUACCAUUUUUGAAAGGAAAGGACUAACGUAUGUAAAUAAGUAUAGGAGGAAAAAACUUUUUGACAAUGCAGUAACGCAAAUAUUCACUUAUAAUACAGGUUAUUGGGGGUUUUAUCUAUAUGUAUAUUUGUAUCAAUAAAAACAUUUUACAACUUUA